UAUAUAUAUAUAUACACUAACAUUACAAGAAAAAAACAGUCAUGGAUUUUAAUACCAAAAACGCUGAGGUAAAUCAUGAGCUCGAUGACAAGGAAUACAGAAAACAGACCCGCAAGCGUUUGAUCAUCAUCGGAAUCUCCACCUUCGUUUUGAUUGUAGUCAUCAUCGGUGCGGCGUUGGGGAUGUUUUUACCGACGAAGACGACGCCGCCGCCUCCUCCAUCAGAAGUUUCAAAUUUCUCAUCAGCCCAGUCCAUCCAAGAGAUGUGUGCCACCAUGACUCCCUACCCUUAUUCCUGUAUUUCUAGCAUAUCUUCUCUCCAGAACUCCUCCAAUAAUUCCGAUCCUAAACAUUUCUUCAAGUUAUCCAUGCAGGUUUCUCUUAACGAGUUAGUGAAUCUGUCCUCUAUUCUUUUCUCAAAAGCCUAUGGGAAUUUGAGCAGUGACCCUCUAGUGCAAAGGGCAUUGAAUUAUUGUGAAAUCAUUAUGAAUGAUGCCAUAGGUCAUGUCAACGAAUCCAUUGCUUCUUUGCAAGGGGAUCAGGGGGAGGUGAUGUUGUCGAUGGACAAGGUCAACAACAUCAGGGUGUGGCUAAGCGCCGCCGUUACGGGUCAGAAAACGUGCUUGGAUGGCCUGGAGAAGGUGGCUACGAAUCAGUCUCAGACGGUUCUGUCCGGUGAUUUAGAAAAUGCUUUGCAUAUCUCCACCGAGUUCACCAGCAAUAGCUUGGAGAUUGCGUCAAACAUUAUGAAGAUUCUUCAAAAUUCCCAAACUCCGAAUCAUAAUAGAAAAUUAUUGAAGAUCGACGGCGGAGAUACAUGGAGGAGGAAAUUCCUAGAACGGAAUUGACUGUGUCAUGGCGGCCUAGGACGGCAGAGAAGGGCCUACAAGCCAAGUCUCAAGAUGAUUGUCCUGGACUUCUGGAUCAGUAAUUAAAAAACGGCAGAGUG